CGAUGGGAUGACUCUAGCCUUGAGGCUAGCGUUCGAGAUCACAUGGGCCGAAGCUUAGACUCGUUCAAGGACGUCAUGGAAGAGAUUGGGACUACCAUGACAGAAUUCCAAGACAGUUUAAGGUGCUUUAGGCAACUAGAGGCAGAGAAGCAAGAGGACGAGAGUGCCAAAGACGCAGUCAAGAGACUCCGGGAGCGAUUCGAGAUUCCCUUUAGCAAAAGCAAGUUCGACGGCCUUACGAGCAAGCUCAAGCGAUCCAACAAGGACCUCGAACGCAUCCGCAAACAGGCCCACGACAUCAACGCUAAGGAUAGUGCCAAGUGCGUGGUCAAAACAUGCCGCAAGGUAGAAAAGCAGCCUCCCCGCCACUUUCCGUCUUUUGGUUCCAUACGGAGAGCUUCGCGAGCUCUUCAUGAGGCGUUACUGACAGCUUGGUCCAACGCAUCGGAAAGACAUCUUCGGCAUUCCCUAAGGCUAUUUCUAGAUGCAGAGGGAGCCGAGGAGGUGCACAUGAACUUGGCCAUUCUAUGCUAUGGGCAUCAGAUGGCACAUGAUGUACCCACCAACGAAGCCACUUUGAUCCGCCUCCACGUUCAGUCACGUACCCUCGAAUCGCUAUCAUGGGCUCGUCCAACCGGCCUACUGACGCCAGCCGACUCGACAGCUUCGAUCGAGUCCCAAUAUUCCGAGGAAGGCAGUAGGCAAAAGCGGCAAAGGGUAAGAUUUGCACCAUCUCCAUCCGACAGCGCCAGGGACGGCCAAAACGAUGUGCCUGAUCAUUCAUCAGUGUUGCCCAAAUGCCCAGCCCCUGACUGCCAAACUACUCCAGACCCGGAUAUACUGGAGCUCUCUGGUGAUAUCUGCAUGGAAAUUAAGCGCAGGGUUACUCGGCACUUCAUCUCGCAGACCGAGAGCUGUGUCCCUCCAUGCCUGGGUCACAUUGACUGCUCGGUGGAAGAGAGCUUUCGACAUUAUUUUUAUCCAUUACUGGAUGAUGAUUCUGAUCACGGAGAGUGCCAAGCCAGCCUCAAUUCAGAGGAGGUCAUGAGGAUGGACGAUAUCCUCGCCAAACCAGUUGACAAGAGGCUAACCAUUGUCCACCAACUCCGCCUGGCUCUGCAAAUCGCCUCGGCUGUCCUCAAGUUCAGCUCGACGCCGUGGUUAAGGGAGUACUGGAGUGUCCGUGAUCUAUACCUUUUUCAUGGAAGCCAGGCCGAUGAGCUAUCUGCAUCUAUCCAGACGAUGCACUUUAAAGUCGACGUCAUCAAUUCGCAGAGUCUAAAUUAUGAGUCCUUCAUGGAUGUGGAUAUGUCGUUGCCCAACAAUCCCAUGUCAGCACUGAUAGAUCAGGCAACGCGAAAGUACGGCAUCCGAAACAUGACACUAUAUAGUCUUGGUGUCGUUCUGUUGGCUAUCGGACAAUGGGCACCGGUUGACCUCAACGACGUGGAGGAAGUGCGUCGGCUGGCUGCUGAACCGUGUCGCUUGGGGCCGAGGUAUCAGGAGCUCACACAAAAGGUAUUGGACUGUGAUUUUGGUUAUGGAAAAGAUUUGAAAAAGCCGAGACUUCAAGAGGCUGUGUACGAGAAUGUGUUGCUGGAGUUGGAAACCAUGAUUGAGCGGUUAGACUUGAGCAAGUAG